GUGGGUGUCCGCUUCCGAUUGGUUAAUGGCGGCCGUUUUCGGCUCAGUGCGCAGAGGCAGCCAGACACGAAGUGCCCACAUGGAAUGAACUGCACUGGACUCGGACCUCAACGACCAGCGAUGACGGACGUGCUUUUCGUCGAUGCAGCUAUGUACUUUCCUCAGUGAGUGCGACACCAUCAAGUCGUGCGUCCAUGCGAAGUUUAGCAUUGUUGUUACUCCCUUGUGUCAUCGCGGCCGUGGUGCAUUUGUGGUGGGUGACGGACAAAACCGCUUUCUUCUCGGAUUUGAAGAGUGCAGGCAGCCGUAACCCGGAGCAUGACGUUCUGGUGGGAGUGCUGUCUGCCAGGCAUCACCAUGAUCUGCGUGAAGCCAUAAGAGACACAUGGCUGGGGUAUCUCAGGGACCACAGUAAAUUCCAGAAUCGGGUGCUGGUGAAAUUUAUCAUUGGCCAGCAUGGCUGUGCAAUACCUGAAGAAGAUCGUGAGGACCCGUAUUCCUGUACCCUGCUAAACUUUACAGAGCCAGUUGCAGGACAGGACAUGGCUGUCCUAAGUGUGCCUGAUGCCUCUGUUUUGGUGCUGUCUGAUGUCUCGGCCAUUAGUUUGGACUUCAAGGUCCUCCACUCUGUGGUCAUCACACAGUUGGGUGUCUUCUCUGGUGGAGCACAGCACCAUUUCAGGGGCAAUGUCACAGUGAAGUUAUUCCAAGUGGAGCAGGAGAAAGCUGUCGUGACUGCUUCUUUCACUGCUCUGAGCCCAGGGACCUAUGUGGAGGGGAUCUGGUAUAAAGCUGUAGAGCAGUUCAUUUUGCCCAAGGGUUUUGAGGGGACUCUACUAUGGGAGAGCCAGGAUUUGACAGCCUUGAUGGCUCUAAAUGUGUCUAAGAUCCAGCUCAAUAAUGGUGGAGGUGUGCUCAAGUUAGGAUGUACAGAGGAGGGCACCUUGCCUCACAGAAGUGCGGUGGGUUUUCCUGGGCUGGCUGGAGGGUUCACUUUCUCAGUGUAUAAUGUGGAUGUUCUGAAGGAAAUGCUUCGUGGGCGAGCUGGCAGGCAGCAAGCCCAUGUUGCCAGGUUGAGAGAAGAGGACAAGGCCUUACAGGAGGAGAGCCGUAGGUAUGGAGACAUGGUGUUUGUAGACAUUGUGGACACUUACAGGACUGUGCCUUCCAAACUGCUGCAGUUUUAUAAAUGGGCCAUAAGGAACACUGACUUCAGUCUGCUCCUGAAGACAGAUGAUGAUUGCUAUAUUAACAUGGAUGCUGUAUUAAUGAAGAUUGACCGCAAGACCCUGACACGGAGCAACCUCUGGUGGGGAAACUUCAGGCAGAACUGGGCUGUAGACCGCCUAGGGAAGUGGCAGGAGGUAGAGUAUGCUAGCCCUGUGUAUCCAGCCUUUUCCUGUGGCUCUGGAUAUGUGGUGUCCAGGGACUUGGUUGUGUGGCUGGCCAGCAAUGCAGAAAAGCUGAAAGCUUACCAGGGUGAGGAUGUGAGCAUGGGAAUAUGGAUGGCAGCAGUGGGGCCUAAAAAAUAUCAGGACCCUGGCUGGUUGUGUGAGAAGGAAUGCUAUGUGGACAUGCUGUCAUCACCUCAGCAUACAGUAGAGGAGCUGCAUUCUCUUUGGGACCAAAAAAGUGCUUGUGGGGAUCCAUGUGGUUGUGCUUGGAGCCAGGACUGAAACCUUUAAUAGCCCCUGAGAUCUACAUCCAUCACCUCAUUAGGGUCAUUAGAGUACUGUAAAAACUUCAGUUAGAAUGUUUAGGCUCUUAAUUGAGGUUUUUGAACACUUCUUGGUGUCUUUGAUUUGAAUGCUUGUAUUGAUGAAACAAAUGCUGUUGUGAAAAUGACAUGACGUGUGGAAGAGAAACAUUAUUGCUUCAAGGGCACUUUUUGGUGUAAAAUGCACACAGGGUGGUGUUGAUUCAUGAUGCAUAGCUCUCUCAGCAAACACAUGCUUUCUGUAUGUACCAACAAAUGUCUAGCUCUGUGAAAACAAGGGUUUGCACCAUUAUGGAGCAACUUCAUGUGGCUCAUAUGGCUUUUCUGAUUUUUUUUUUUUUUCUUAAACUGAGAGCAACAUUUGUCUUUGCUAAUCUAUUGUCUGAAUUCUCAGAAUUUUGUAGCAAAUUGUUCUUCUUACUUUAAGACUUUAAAUAAUACCCAAUUAGUGCACUUUUUUGCACAAUAAAAGACAAAAACUUAAUCUUUCUCAGUGUUUGUUUAUGAAUAAGAGUUUUAUGGUAAUAUAAAUCCAGGCCCUUUACACUGUGGCCAUGUUAAGUGCAGAUGAUAGCAGGCCUUAUACUAAAACAGAAAGCUUUUAUUUGCAUUGUUUUUUGGAUAGCUGUGGCUCCCUCCAGAGCACUAUUGGAACCAGCAUCAGCAUAUGUUUUAGAUCUGUACUGUGCAGAAUUGUGGAUAUUAAUUCUAAUCAAUAAAUCUUUCUUUGUCUUAA